AUGCAGGGAGUGUGCAGCUAUACCGUGACAGCGGGGCCCAACAACACCAAGCUCUUCCAGUUCCGAGAUGAGAACUCUACCAUUGAUAUGAGCAACAUUAUCAUUGCCAAAGCGAUCCAUCCCGAAUUUGUUCUUUGCACAGUCAUGGAACAACAAUCUACAGCCAUGCUCAGAUGCAACCGGGGCCAUGCUUUUGCUCGAAAUCUGCCGUCUCGCUUUGCAUCAAAGCUAGAAAGGGUCCGCAAAGAGCUCCCGUCUGUCUUCAAAGCUCUCCCCUUUGUUCUUAGCCACGGUGACCUUAACGUGACGAAUCUCCUCGUCAAUCCCAAAACCGGAAAUAUCGCAGGGAUUUUUGACUGGGCUGAAUCAAGGAUUCUGCCGUUCGGCUUCGCGCUAUAUGGGCUUGAGAAUCUUUUGGGAUGGAUGGAUUCAGAAGGGUGGCACUACUACGAUCGCUGCCGCGAACUCGAGAGCCUCUUCUGGCAAACCUUUCGAGCGGAGGCUCAUAAUUUCUCUGACGCCGAUUUCUAUUUGAUCCGCGCUGCUAGGAUGGCUGGAUUUUUCUACCAUUAUGGAUUUAAUUUUGACACGAAAGGCGUCGUGCAAAGUGUGCGGAUGGACCAGCCGGAUGGUUCGCUCGCAUAUCUCGAUGCUUUCUGUGCUGCUGGUGAGCGGGCUCCUAUUUCAUGA